AUGAGCGGCAUAAAGGAACUGCACCGACCCGCGAGUGACGAACUAAAGUGGUGGUAUCGGCGCGGACCGGUUGAGGUGGCCGAAAUUGGGUCUGUUGGGUAUCCUGGCGGAGAGGCGCGGUUUCGGUUCUGCAAACCGAAUGAAGGUGCUAAGCAAGUAGGGUCGCACGAGUAUGAGCUAACCCGUCGGAGUUGCAUGUCUAGGGUAGAGGGUCUAACGUUUGAUCCGAAGUCGGAGAGCGAACCAGACAAGGUCGUUGACGACGUUGCUUUGAGAAUAGGAUGUGUAGGCACGCAGAUUGGCAUUGCUGUUGGACGGAUGAAGUUCGAAGUACACGGGAAGCCGGUGAAGCACACGUUGAGGUCGCUAAGACCGGAGUCGCGAGAGGAACUACCGAACCUUGAACAAGGGAAUGACCUUAAAGGUUUAUCCGAUACCAUUGCAGCAAUAAUAUUGGGUAGGCCUUUAAGGUCAUUCCCUUGUUCAAGGUUCGGUGGUCAAUCUACAGCUGGCGGCGGAUCACAAGUAUUACGUGUGUCUAGACUGUAA